AUGCCUGGUGAACAAGUCGAGACUACAGGACAACUCUCCAUUCCUGGUUCCACACAGACACAGGCAAUCCAUAUUCGACGUAUUGAAGUCAAAUAUAAGAAUGCUCUCAGACGACGGCCUGUCUCACUGGAAGUCAAAACUGGUGCUGAUGCAUCACAAAGCUCACGCCGGUAUCCAUUGGAAGAGGAUAUAACCUGGAAUAUUGACAGACAGCUGGCAUCUCCAACAGUGCUCACUAUCGUUAUCCGUGAGCAUCGAACUAUGCACUCGGAUAAGAGAUGUGAGGUGGUCGUCGCUAUUGAAGAUAGCAUGGUGAUCAAGCCUGUCAUCGUUAUCGACGAACCACAUGGCAAACAGAUAUCUGUUAACGUUCACUGUGAAACCGCUGGGCUGUUCAUCGAUCUAAUCCGUCGCCUUGUCGAAGAAUCGCAGAAUAGACUGGAUAAAAUGAAACACUUCUUGGACAACCUCGGGAGGGCGUGCGAAGUCCUGAACUUCGUCGCUAGCAUCACGGAAGUUGCAUCCGACGUGCACCCUGCGGUCAACGCAGCAGUCUCUGCAGUAAAUCUACUAUACGAGACAUGCAAGAAGCACCAGGUGUGCCAUAAAGCGGCAUCGGACCUUAUGGCUGAUCUGGCAUCAUUUCUUCCCUUUGUCGAACUGCCCAAGGAUCAUUUAAAAACUAAAGUUACUGCUCAGACGGCAGAUGACAUGUUAGUUCUCUUCGAAAAGAUCGCACGCAUGAUAAUCCGGUACUCGGAUAGCACUACGUUGGGGAUGUUGCUAUGCGACCGGAUUGACGAGGUUGAAUCAUAUAAAGAAGAUCUCAGGAGGAAGAAGGAAACGUUUGAUUGGUGCGCAAAAACAGAGAUAUGGAGGACUGUCUUGAGCAUAGAGGCGUUCGAAGAGUCUUCGGCCCUGAAUCGACUGGAACCGGUACGAAGGGCUUUUUAUAGCACGGAGAAAUCAUGCUUUGACGGAUCGAGGAGGACGAUACUUCAAGCGAUAGAUAACUGGUCAACCUCGGACUCUAAGGUGCUCUGGCUCCACGGUUCGGCAGGUUCUGGAAAGACAACGAUCACACAUACCGUUGCUCAGCUUUUCGACGAACAGAAUCGCCUUGCUGGUUGCUUCUUUUGCGACAAGAAUGACAGUGAUCGUCGAGACCAGCAUAGAAUAAUGCCGACGAUUGCAUAUCAAUUAGCAAAGUGGCAUGAAGCCUAUCGUACAAACAUUUCCAACGUCUUACAGGGCCGCGGCGAACUCGAUCUGAACGCGGGGUUGGAUCGUCAAUUCGAACUGCUAGUGAAACGUCCGUUAUCGCAGUUGACUGUCCAUCUGCCCCCACAGCAUAGACCUCUAAUUAUGGUUCUGGACGCAUUGGACGAGUGUCAUCAAUUCGCGAACUCUGGCCCACUUCUAGCCGAAUUUAUUAGCGAUAUCGCACAUACGGCACCUUGGCUUAAGGUCUUUGUCAGCAGCGCGAAGUUACCGGAAUUAGACGCUUGUUUUCUUGAAUAUGACGCUCAGCACCUCGACAUCAGCGAUUCUUUGAUUGACUUGGAGAAUGAUAUUGCCGUGUACGUGAAACAUUGUUUGGAGGAGAGCACACUAUCGAAUGCGGCGAGACGUACACUUGCGCCCAAGGCUCCCAAACUCUUUGGUCGCAUCUCGCGAGCGUUCCCUGCGUCACAUCCAACUGAUGGUGCUCAACUUCCUCGUCCGGUCAAAGAAAGCGGGCAAUCUGGUGUCGAUGCAAUGUUUCACAUAGCGCUGCAUAGUAUCGCAGAAAAGCAAGGAGAGGAGGGGACAUUGUCACCGACAAUAUCGGACGUUUUAGCAUUUGCAUCUUGUAUUACCAGUCAAGGAUCGCUGACAGAGGCUACUCUCAUACAUGUCUUGCGUCAGUUCUACGCAGGAGUAACGACACAUGAACUGCACAACGCUAUCGAUUCCCUUCAUCCACUCCUAAUCAAAGAUGACAGUGACGUACUUCAUCCCAUAUUUCCAUCGGCGACCUUCCGGGAAUUUCUGGCAGACAGAGAUCGCUCGGAGCCAUUCUGGACAGAUUCACGCUUGCUCAACAGUAAGCUUGCCUGUGUAUGCUUAAACGUUCUGCAUGAGCAACUCAAGUUUAACAUAUGCAGCCUGGAGUCGUCUUACCUUAGAAAUCACGACAUCCCUGAAUUGGACAUGACCGUCAAAGCUAGUAUUUCUGAUGUGCUUAUCUACAGCAGCUUGCACUGGAUGGACCAUAUUUCACUAUCAGGUGACGGUUAUGCUCUACACGACGCUGUGACCAACAUGCUUUGUUCUCCGAAAGUCUUGUAUUGGAUGGAGGUCCUGAGUUUGUACGGCUCUGUGGAGAAGGGAAGGAAAAUGCUGCUGGAAUGUGCUGACCAUUUUAAGCACUCUGCAAAAGUUUUCCACGCCGCAAUCGAACUAAGCGACUUUAUCUCUACCUUUCUCAUUCCAAUGGAGACCAGUACACCCCAUGUUUACAUGUCUGCUGUGAUGUGGCUACCGUCAGACUCUUUGAUAAGGCAGUGCCUUCGAUUUUCUUUCGAGAAUGGGUUAUGGGUUGUUCUGGAUGAACAUGGGGAUUUCAACUAUUUGGGAACGAGACUCAGUGCCACCUUCUUACCGGUCGAAGCUGAUAUUGUACCUCUGAAGGACCAUAUCUGGAAUGUGCAGGAUAGCAAGCAUAUUAUUUCCAGCACAUGGAAGGGGCAUAAUGGCCGUGUUACGUCUGUCGCGUUCUCUCCGGAUGGGUGUAGGAUUGUAUCGGCGUCAAAUGACAAAUCUCUGCGGAUUUGGGAUGCGAAGGACUAUGGGAACACGAUUAUCUCCAAGUCGAUUGGUGGGACGGUACAUAUUUGGGAUGGUCAUCGUGGAACGUUACUCGAGAUGAUUAUCCCGAGAAAAUACUUGUGGGAUAUUCAUAAGGAAAGUUUUGCCUUGAUAACAGGAGACGGGAAAACGACUACGACGAUCCAUAACAACUCUGUUGUAGAAAUUCCCAAGGAUGGCUGGCUCCGAACAUCAGACGGCGGAUUACUGUUAUGGGUCCCACCGAAGCAUCGGAAUAGUUUACACACGAAUGGCCAUCUCUGCAUUUUGACGGAUGCUGAUGGUCAGGUCAUGACAUUCAACUGGAAUAAGCUCUACCAUGGGAAGGAGUGGAUUCAAAUUAUGCAUCCCGAGGGUUCAGUCUCAUGGACGAAUACAUUCUCCUAA